AUGGAUAGCAGUACCGACGUCAUCGCAAACUCUAAAUUCCACCGACCAAGAGAGACUACCGCGUCUAAGAGGGAGAUGUCACAAGGAACCGCCAUCCCGGAGAUACGCUCGUCGACUACGGCAGGCUUCACAGCGACGGCGCAAAAAGAAGACCCCAACCCGAUGUCUAACUUGCGAAAUGACCAGCUUGCCUCCACCGUCCUCUAG